CAGGUCUUCAGUAUAUAUCAAUAAUUGCAUAAAAUUACCAGGCGGUAUAAAAAGAAAUCAUUCGGCAUGUUUGUACACCCAAAAGGACCUUGAAGACUUGCAUAAUGAGGUUACUAAAAAUUUGAAAGAAAAGAUGAAAACGAAUGUUCUGGGGAGUAAUAACGAAGUGAAGAUUUUCGUCGACUUUUUUGAUAGUAUUCCAGAAUACGAUGAUAUCAAUCAUCUAUCUAAUAAAGAGUUUUAUAAGAAACUAAAAAAAUUGAAGGAAGUGCAGAAAAGCCUUUGCGAAAAUUUGAGGAAACUGAAUGUUGAAAAAGAGGAUACUAAAUGGUUCGAAAACUACAAAAAACAUGGAGAAGAAAAUCCGCACAAAGAAAGGAAGAAGAAGAAAUCUUCCAUAAAGCCAUUUUGCGCAACGCCGCUUCCCAAAAAGCAGUGUCAGGACAACUUAUUUGAUGAUGAUGAUCUUUCACUUUCCGACAAGGAAUUUGUUUUUAAACCGCCGUCACGAAGAUCGGUAAGAAUUGAAACUCCCAGGGAGAAACCAUCUCAAGAUACAUCGCCGGAGCCAUUUGGAUGCAGUUCGCGUAAUUAUGUCUCAAGGGAAAAGGAAAGUAACUGGAAUGAGUCCAACCCUACUCCUAUUGAAACCCGAAGUGCACCUAAUAGCCCACUAAGGGUUAUUAAAACAAAUGAAGUAUGCGAAUACAUUGGCAUUACCAUUCCGGAACCGUUUCAAAUGACUGUCAGGGAUGAAGAGAACAAAUUGGUAGAAGAAUUGUUUUGGAAAAUCAAUAAACCGGAAAGAGAAAAACCUGACCAGUUCAAAGCGCACAAUAUCCCCAUUGAAUCUCAAAUUCCACUUUUUCACAAAAUCGUAGCUGAUCAAGAGCGAAGAAGUCGAAUGGUUAAAGAGAAACGCAAAGCAGUAUUGCACGCCCAAAUGAAACCAUUUUCAUUUACAAGAAGGGACGAAGAAAUUCAAGAACUUACAAAAAAAUUCUCAAAAUCGCUACCAUGCGUGUAUGAUGAAGAGCCCAUAAAAGUUACCAAAUUUAAAGCAAAACCCAUCCCGAAAAAUUUAUUUAGCAACUACAUUUAUAAAAAAAUGCACGAGGACGAGUUUUAUAGAAUGCUGCAGAAAAAAGUUAGGGCUGAGGAAAUGCUGAAACAGGCUUCUCUACCACCAUCGAUGGCCAAAAGAGAAAAAUGUCGCCCGAAGUUAAACGUUUGUCCGAGAUUAUAUAAAGAAGUUUCAAUUACUGAUAAAAAAAACGCAUCGCCUAAAUGUAUAAAAACUAACAAAAACUAUAAAUACAUACAACAACAACAUGAAAGGGAACUACAAGAGCUUAAAGAUGAAUUUAUAUCAAGCAGUCUGCGACAAUUUGCGCCUCAAUCGUGCAAAAGAGAUAAAAAGAGUAAGAGACAUUCUCAUAGACAUUCAUCUGCUAGUAGUAGAAGCAGUUACUACGACAUCAGAACACCAUCUUCAUUAGACCUUUCUUCGGUAAACAGGUCAAAUUUAGCUGCAGUAUUAAGAAUACAAUCGGCGAGAAACCGUUUAGAAAUGGAAAUGACGAAAAAGUUGGAAGAGGCAAAGCUAAAAGAGGAGGCCCGAUGGAGAGAAAAAAUAAUGAGGAAGAAACCGGUUUUUCAAGCACUAGCUUAUAAUCAUGAGGAAGAUUUGGCCCUGAGAUUGCAGCUAAGAAGAGACGAAGACCGAUUUAGGAAUGAGGAACAUAAAACUAGAAUGCAAUUGAUGCUCGGAAGAGUUAAUCAACAACCCACGCUGUUUGAAAGACAAUCUGAAUUAAAACUUCCCAAAACUAAAAUUGUGCUCCGCAGGAAUUUUGACACGUCUGAUAGAAAGCAUCUUAAUCGAAGUUUUAGUGAUCUUUCUGACAUCAAACGCCUAACUGAAACGAAAGACGAGGCAAUUCAAACAAUUUUUAACAGACUGGAGGAAACUAACAGAGAAAGUAAGGAAUCGGAAACACCAAGCAGAAGCAAAAAAAAUUCCGUCAGUGACGAAGUCAACAUAUGACCAGUUGAUGAAGCCUGCAUAUAUGUAGGAUACAUUAAAGAACGGAGAAAAUAGAUAAUAGUUCUUUUGUCAUCAUGUACAGUUUACUUGUUAUUUAAAUUAAAAACAUAUUUAC